GUGUCGCUGUGUGUAUGCCAGCAGUAAAAGAAGGAGGUCUUCUCAGGCGGACUGAGCAGUUUCUCCACCCUUUUGCAUGAGGCUGCCAGCCUACCUCAAGCAAGCACGGUUUUUGUAACUUCUUUGGCUUUCUGUAAAUCUGUAUACCGUCUGGAUUUUACCCUCCACCAACUCAUGAAGAUUUUCUGGGAAUCUCGCUGCAAUUACACGGAACUCUCGAACUAAAAAUCAAGAAUCCUCCCCCAAAAUAAAACAGAAGCGCCAACCUCUGGAGUCGGUUUGUUUCCACAGCUCUGUAAUUGCCCAAUUUGUGUAUCUGUGUGGAGCUCUGCAGGCCUCCUCCGUUUCUGUUUUUACUUUAAUAAUGUAUCCAGCCAUGAGGAAGCUGUUUUUUACGGACUGUCACUGCGCAGAAGAUGUGUCGAAAACGUACGAGGAGCUGUUCGUCAAGCUGGACACCAACAAAGAUGGAAAAGUGGAUGUUUCCGAGCUGAAGGCAGGCCUGGCUGCUAUGGGUAUCAAAACCGAGAAAGAGGCAGCUCAGAAAAUUGUUUCCUCUGGGGACGACGACCACGAUGAUGGACUGGACUUCAGUGAGUUCUCUAAUUACUUGAAGGAACACGAGAAGAAGUUGCUGCUAACCUUCAAGAGCUUGGACAAAAACAAUGAUGGUCAAAUCGACAUCAUGGAGAUAAAGCAGUCAUUUUCUGAUCUGGGACUGAACAUCAGCAAAGAGGAUGCAGAGAAAAUCCUUCAAAGUAUCGACGUGGAUGGCACCAUGUCUUUGGACUGGAAUGAAUGGAGGGAACAUUUCUUGUUUAACCCAGCCACCAACCUGCAGGAGAUUAUCCGCUACUGGAAGCACAGCACGGUUCUGGAUAUUGGUGACAGCCUCACCAUUCCCGAUGAGUUCACUGAGGAGGAGAAGACAACUGGUGUGUGGUGGAAGCAGCUGACCGCAGGCGCCAUGGCGGGCGCCGUGUCUCGCACAGGAACUGCCCCACUGGACCGGAUGAAGGUCUUCAUGCAGGUGCACGCUUCUAAGAGCAACAAAAUCAGCCUAGUAGGUGGUUUUAAGCAAAUGUUAAAAGAGGGAGGAGUGACAUCUCUGUGGAGAGGAAAUGGUAUUAACGUCCUGAAGAUUGCCCCUGAAACAGCCAUUAAAUUCAUGGCUUAUGAACAGUAUAAGAAGCUGCUGUCCAGUGAACCAGGUAAGGUCCAGACCCACGAGAGGUUCAUGGCUGGAUCACUGGCUGGAGCCACAGCACAAACUGCCAUCUACCCCAUGGAGGUGAUGAAAACACGACUAACUCUGAGAAAAACUGGACAGUACUCAGGAAUGUUUGACUGUGCCAAGAAAAUCCUGAAGAAAGAGGGAGUAAAAGCAUUUUACAAGGGCUACAUUCCCAAUAUUCUGGGCAUUAUCCCGUAUGCUGGGAUUGAUCUGGCAGUGUAUGAGAGUUUGAAGAACUUCUGGUUGUCCAAAUAUGCCAAAGAUACAGCAAACCCUGGUGUUCUAGUGCUACUGGGCUGCGGUACCAUCUCCAGCACCUGUGGCCAGCUGGCCAGUUACCCCCUGGCUCUGAUCCGCACCCGAAUGCAGGCACAAGCUUCUGUUGAGGGCUCUGAGCAGCAGCCAAUGAAUCACAUGGUGAAGAAGAUUCUGGAAAAGGAGGGCUUCUUUGGACUUUACCGUGGCAUCCUGCCCAAUUUCAUGAAGGUCAUACCGGCGGUCAGCAUCAGCUACGUGGUGUAUGAGUACAUGCGGUCCGGCCUGGGUAUCCAGAAGUAGGCAACAGAGUCAUCUCCAUGAAGAUGUGGUUUUAAAUCAAAUACACUUCCCUUCUUUCACUGAGCAUUUUAGAAAGUUGUUUACCUGAAGGUCAUCAAGUCUGGAGUCCCAUAGCUGCAGUCGCUGUACAGGUUUUAAAGUGACAGCAGGAUCUGACUAAACAACUAAAUCUUAAUUUAAAAAAAAGUGUUUAGAAAAUCCUCGAGCACCAUCACAGGGUUGCCAGAAACAAUCUCUAUGGGGUUUCAAGAUGCAUGAUUUCAUCCAGGCUGUGCUUACAAGUUAAAGUGCACACUUUGGGUCGACUAACUUUAAAUUCCUAAGACACUUAAAGGACCGUUUUUAUUUUGUGUAUUGGUUGUUAGUCACAAUACCAUUGUAUCAAUCAUUUAAGAGAACUGUGUCAUAUGUUCCAGAUAUUGGUCCAAAAAGCACCUUAUUGCACAAAUUUUGAUCCUAAUAGAAAGUCCAAGUCAUCAGCUUCUGUUUUUCUUAAAAAACAUAAUAAUCAGACCAAAAAUAUCGAAGUCAUAGUUUUACAGCUUUAUGCAAACAUUCUGAAAAUUAUGCAAGUCGUCACCUAAGAGCAGGGAAAUGUCCCACAGAAAUCUGAGGAAACUUAAAAGUGCAAUAUGGUAUUUACGCGUUAGUUGAAACAGAUUGUGUUGGUAUUAGAUUUCACUCGGGUGUUUCAUAAAGGUUGUUUUUGUGGGACUUUAAUGUGACAGUUAAAAGAAGAAUGUGCCUUAUGUGUUUUCUCAGCUAUCUGGACAUCUGCACCGUCCCUUUGCUCUUGCCUUCCUUUUCAAUAAUUGGUUGAUAGAUUGAUGUUUACAGUAAUAAAACACAUUUGAAA